CGUUUCAGAUCCCCACGACGAUGACCACCAUACUGCGGUCCCUCCUCGUCCUGCUGCUGGCGAUCGCGCUCGAGGCCGCGCAGUCGCCCGCGCCCUUUGGCACGCGCCUUGGCGUCACGGAUGGCGGCGUCGAUGUCUACUCCUGCAACCUGCCGCCGGGCGAAGAAGCGCUGGACAUGGACCCCAACUACGUCGAUGGCGUCUACACGGGCGUGCGCUGGCAGUGCGUCGAGCUCGCUCGCCGGUACCUGUACAUCAACUACGGCGUCAUCUUUGGCGACGUCGACUACGCCUUCCAGAUCUACGACUUGCCGGCCUUUGAACGCGUCGCGACCAAGGCGGCGGUGGCCGUGACCAAGCACUCGAACGGCGCCGCGACGCCGCCGCGCCUCGGCUCGCUCUUGAUCUGGAGCGCGUACGGCGAGAUGGCGGAGACGGGCCAUGUCGCUGUCGUCGUCAAUGUCACCGACACGCAUGUCGACAUUGCCGAGCAGAACGUCGAGGACACGAUCUGGCCCAAGGACCGCCUCUACUCGCGCCGCCUCCAGGUCCACCGCAACGCGACCUCGUACGAGGUCCAAAAGUGGUACGAGAAGGAGCACAUCAUUGGCUGGAUCACGGUCGACGGUGCGUCGCCGGCCUCGGUGCUCGACUCGACCACGAGCAGCAGCAGCAGCUAUGGCUUUGUCUUCGCGGCGGUCAUUGUGGUUGCCGUGGGCGGGUUCGUUGCCCGGCGCCACUACAGCCGUCGCAGUGACCGCUACGCUCAGUACGACUACGUCAAGUAGGCCACGCACGUCCUGCGAGAACAGAGCAUUCCACUCAAUACGUCUGUGCGAAUAGAUCGCAGUAGUGAGUCUAAGAACACGUCCUCGC